AUGAAGUGCAAAACCAAGCUACAGAAACAAUCAGCCAUGCUGCGAAUAUACUGGAUUACCAUCACCGCUGUCUGUGUGGGACUGGCAGUUGUCUCUGGUGAAAAGAUCAUUGAUGGGACAGAAGCUGAAGCCCACAGUCGACCCUAUAUGGCCUUGUUGAAGAUAAAAAGUGGUAAAAACGAAUCCUGGUGUGGUGGUUUCCUCAUUCUCCCAAACUUCAUCCUGACUGCAGCUCACUGCCAAGGAGAGAGAAUCACUGUUAAACUUGGGGUUCAUAAUCUCUCAAAAAAGGAGAAGUCCAGGCAGGAGAUCCCAGCAGUGAAAAUCAUUCCUCAUGAAUGUUAUAACAAUAUAACCCUAGUGAAUGACAUCAUGCUUCUGAAGCUGAAGCACAAGGCCAAGAUCACACAUAAAGUGAGCACCAUCAGCAUUCCACAAAGAAAUGAGUCCUUAAAGCCUUAUUAUGAAUGCUCUGUGGCAGGAUGGGGACUCACUAAAACCAAUGGGACACUCAGCAAUGUGCUGAGAGAAGCCAAGGUCAAGGUACAGCUCCAGUCUGCUUCUCACAUCUUUGCAAGAGGCCCUGGAAUAAAAGGGUUCUGCAAUGGAGAUUCAGGAGGACCACUGGUUUGCCCAGGCUCUUUAGAUAAGCCUACAGCUGUGGGGAUUGUGUCUUAUGGCCCAGAAAGAUGUGAAGGUCCGGGAAGUAAUGCCUACACCAUGGUGUCUGUGUACCGGGACUGGAUCGAAAUGAAAAUCAGUGCCAGCUCUUCUAGACAGUCUGAAAACUGGCUGAAAACCAUGCUGGGAGUUUACUGGAUUUCCAUCAUCGCUGUUUACGUCACACUGGCAGGUGUUUCAGGUGACAAGAUCAUUAAUGGGAAAAAAGUCAAGCCUCACAGUCGACCCUACAUGGCCUACUUGGAGAUAAACAUUGAUGAACAGAUAUACUCAUGUGGUGGCUUCCUCAUUCACCCUGACUUCAUCCUGACAGCAGCUCACUGCCAAGGACAGAGUAUCACUGUCCAUCUCGGGGUUCAUAAUAUCCUACGAUCUGAGAAGUCCCAGCAGGUGAUACCAGCAGAGGAAAUCAUCCCUCAUGAAUGUUAUGAUGAUGGGACCAUAGUAAACGACAUCAUGCUUCUGAAGCUGAAGCACAGUGCCAAUAUCACACAUUCUGUGAAGACCAUCAGCGUUCCAAAGAGAGGCGAUGACUUCAGCCUUUUCCAAUGCUCUGUGGCAGGAUGGGGAGACACUAAAACCAAUGGGAAAGGCAGCUGUGUGCUGAGAGAGGUCAAUGUUGAAGUCGACUUAGUAUCUGCUUCUCAAAUUUUUGCAAGAGGCCCCGGAAUAAAUGGUGCCUGUAAUGGAGAUUCUGGAGGACCACUGGUUUGUCAAGAUACUUUGAACAUGCCUACAGCUGUGGGGAUUGUGUCUUAUGGACCAAAGAGAUGUGAAGAUCCAGGCAGCAAUGCCUACACAAUGGUGUCUGCAUACUGGGACUGGAUUGAAACGAAAAUCAAGGCCAGCUAUUCUGAUUGA